AUGCUGACUGUUCCGGAAAUGGGCCUUCAAGGGCUGUAUAUCAGCUCUAGCCCCGAGAGAUCCCCAGUGCCCAGCCCACCCGGCUCCCCGAGGACCCAGGAAAGCUGUGGCAUCGCCCCCCUCACACCUUCACAGUCUCCAAAGCCAGAGGCCCGAGCUCCACAGCAGGCCUCCUUCUCUGUGGUUGUAGCCAUCGACUUUGGGACUACAUCCAGUGGUUAUGCCUUCAGCUUUGCUAGUGACCCUGAGGCCAUCCACAUGAUGAGGAAAUGGGAGGGGGGAGACCCAGGCGUGGCCAACCAGAAGACCCCUACUUGUCUGCUGCUGACCCCAGAGGGUGUCUUUCACAGUUUUGGCUACACCGCUCGUGACUACUACCAUGACCUAGACCCUGAGGAGGCUCGGGACUGGCUCUACUUUGAGAAGUUUAAGAUGAAGAUUCACAGUGCCACUGAUCUUACCUUGAAGACCCAGUUGGAGGCCGUAAAUGGGAAGCAGAUGCUGGCUCUGGAGGUGUUUGCCCAUGCUCUCCGCUUCUUCAAGGAGCACGCCCUUCAGGAGCUGAGAGAGCAGAGCCCGGGUGUGCUCGAGAAAGACACCGUGCGCUGGGUGCUGACAGUGCCUGCCAUCUGGAAACAGCCAGCUAAGCAGUUCAUGAGAGAGGCUGCCUACCUGGCUGGUCUGGUGUCUCGAGAGGAUGCAGAAAAACUCCUCAUUGCCCUAGAGCCUGAGGCGGCCUCUGUCUACUGUCGAAAGCUUCGCCUGCACCAGCUCAUGGACCUGAGUAGCCGGACCGUAGGUGGUGGGCGCCUGGGUGAGCGCAGGUCCAUUGAUUCCAGCUUUCGCCAUGCCCGGGAGCAGCUGCGGAGGUCUCGCCACAGCCGAACGUUCCUGGUGGAGUCUGGUGUGGGAGAACUGUGGGCAGAGAUGCAGGAAGGAGACCGCUACAUGGUGGCAGACUGUGGGGGUGGCACUGUGGACCUGACCGUACACCAGCUGGAGCAACCUCAUGGCACCCUCAAGGAGCUCUACAAGGCUUCUGGCGGCCCUUAUGGUGCGGUGGGGGUGGACCUGGCCUUUGAGCAGCUGCUCUGCCGCAUAUUCGGAGAGGACUUCAUUGCCAAAUUCAAAAGGCAACGGCCAGCAGCUUGGGUAGAUCUAACCAUUGCCUUCGAGGCCCGCAAGCGCACUGCAGGCCCGCACCGAGCAGGAGCACUCAACAUUUCCCUUCCCUUCUCUUUCAUUGAUUUCUACCGCAAACAACGAGGCCACAACGUGGAGACAGCCCUGCGCAGGAGCAGUGUGAACUUCGUGAAGUGGUCCUCACAGGGGAUGCUCCGGAUGUCCUGUGAGGCUAUGAAUGAACUGUUUCAGCCCACGGUCAGUGGGAUCAUCCAACACAUAGAGAUGUUGCUGGCUAGGCCAGAGGUACAGGGCGUGAAGUUGCUAUUCCUGGUGGGCGGCUUUGCAGAGUCAGCUGUGCUGCAGCAUGCGGUGCAGACAGCGCUGGGCACACGUGGCCUGCGCGUUGUGGUCCCGCACGACGUGGGUCUCACCAUCCUCAAGGGAGCAGUGCUCUUUGGCCAGGCACCCGGUGUGGUGCGGGUGCGCCGCUCCCCUCUCACUUAUGGCGUAGGCGUGCUCAACCGUUUUGUGCCUGGCCACCACCCACCUGAGAAAUUGCUGGUUCGGGAUGGGCGCCGCUGGUGCACUGAUGUCUUUGAGCGCUUCGUAGCAGCAGAGCAGUCGGUGGCCCUGGGAGAGGAGGUGCGGCGCAGCUACUGCCCUGCGCGCCCGGGCCAGAGGCGCGUGCUCAUCAAUCUGUACUGCUGCGCUGCGGAGGACGCACGCUUCAUCACUGACCCUGGUGUGCGUAAGUGUGGUGCACUCAGCCUGGAGCUUGAGCCGGAAGACACAGGCACGUCCCCCAACCGCCGUGAGAUCCGCGCUGCCAUGCAGUUUGGUGAUACCGAGAUUAAGGUCACUGCUGUGGAUGUCAGCACCAAUCGCUCCGUGCGAGCGGCCAUUGACUUUCUUUCCAACUGAGGGUGCCCCUUUCGGUGGGGACACAAGAACAUGCUAGUUUUCACAGCAGUGCCCCUUCCUCCCUACCCUGAGAGAAAUGUGGUAAGGACACAUGGAGACUCGCUUUGAGAUUGAGCCUUGGUCUGCUGACUGGAACACUAUGAAGUCCCCUUGCUCCAACAGAAAACCCCAAGA